ACGAAAUGAAAAUAAACGCUGAUGAACGUUUAUCACUUACUCUUUUGUAUUUGGCACAUGGCGUCCCUUUACAGAGUUUAGCAUGGCGCUAUAAAUUGGGAAGAACUACAGUUAGAAACACCGUGUUGGAAAUGUGUGAUAUUAUUUGGCAACUACUAUCACCAAUAUAUUUAAGUGAACCUACAGAAGAGCAAUAUCGGCAUAUUGCAUCAGAUUUUUGGCAAACAUGGAACAUUCCAAAUUGUGUUGGUGCAAUUGAUGGCAAGCAUGUUGCUAUUAAAUGUCCUCGGGGAUCAGGUUCCCAACUCCAACCGGUAGUUGCUUGUCCUCAAGUGUAGUGAAUUUCUAUGUUUCUAUAUAUAUUUUUUGUA